AAAGAAAGUUGCAGUGUUGCCCACUGCUGCUGCUAUCCUUUUUCAACAGCAAUCUUAGAUAUGACCCUGGCAAUGGCUAAGGUCGGAAGGAAUUAUCCCCAAAAUUUUCUUUUCCCUCCCCUAAACACAGGAAGCGGCAAAAGAAAAACGUUUCGAAUUUUCUUCUUUGCCCCACGUGUCAUGUCCAGUACAUGCAGCAAACGCCACUCAGCUCCGUCCGCCAUGGUUUCCCUUCCCCCUUUCCCCUCCUCCAGAAAGAAUUCGUCUCCGUUCUCUCCACUCUUAUCCACAAACCCAUUAUAAUCCCCCUUCCCCCCGCCGGCUCUCCAUCAUCAUUCUCAGGAAUUCCCUCUUGCAAUCUGGUAUACUCCUACUACAACAGCGCAGCUACUAAUGGAUCUGAUUCACAAGUUCCUGAACUUGGUAGCUCCUCCAUUCACCUUCUUCUCCCUCUGCUUCCUCCUCCCUCCCUACUACCUCUACAAGGCCUGCACCACCGCGCUGCACUACCUCACCAGCGAGGACGUCUCCGGCAAGGUCGUCCUCAUCACCGGCGCCUCCUCCGGCAUCGGCGAACACCUGGCUUACGAGUACGCGAGCAGAGGCGCGUGCCUGUCACUCGUCGCCCGCAGAGAAGUCGGGCUGCGAGAUGUAGCCGAGGUCGCUCUUGAAUUGGGAUCCCCGAAAGUCAUCUCCAUCGUUGCAGAUGUCCAGAACGUCGACGACUGCAGGCGAAUCGUCGACGAAACGGUUAACCAAUUCGGCGGAAGAUUGGAUCACUUGGUGAACAAUGCUGGGAUCUCUUCGGUGUGCAACUUCGAAGAUGUCGCCGAUAUCACCAGCUUCAGAACCAUCAUGGACACCAACUUCUGGGAUCGGUUUACAUGACCCAAUUCGCCAUACCGCACCUGGCCAGAUCCUACGGCAAGAUCAUCGCCAUGGCGUCCGCUGCUUCGUGGCUGCCCGAGGCAAAGAUGAGCUUCUACAAUGCGAGCAAAGCGGCCGUGGUGUCCUUCUUCGAGACGCUGAGGGUGGAGCUAGCUCACGCCGUGUCGGUCCUGAUCG